UUUUACCAGUACUAGUACUAGUACAAAAGGAGUCAAUAAUAAUAAUAAUAGUUUUUACACCUACGCUAAGUCUGUUAUUAUUAACCAAGCCUACAAUAUUGUAUAUUUCUCUUUAAUUCUAUCCAAUUCACACAGUGUGAAGGUUUGGAAGAUACACGUCUCCUUGCAUUAUGCGGAGCUUCCAUUAUAACGAUAAGGCAUCUUGUGAAUAAACGGCAGCAUACUUUCGAAUUUUUCAGCCUUAUUUCUGUUUUCUUUGCUUUUUGUUUUUUGAUACACUGUUUUUUUCUUAUAAUCAUACAUCAAUAAUUAAUAAUAUUUAUUUCUUGCAAAUUCAAUAUUUGGAAUGGAAUAAAUAUAUACUGAAAUGACAAUGAUCAAGUCAGCGUAUAUGUGAGUGAGAAUUGCAUAAAUAUAUUUAUCGAAUCAAGAGAGAAAAGUCUUCUUUUCAACUCACUUAUACUUUUGUUUUCUCCGUCGAUAUUUCAGAUCAAUCAGCUAUCAAUAUACAAAUAUAAAAAAUAAUAUAACAAUAAGAAUAAUGAAGACAAAUGCUUCUGAUAUACUCUCGUGUUUAUCAAACUUUAUUACACCAUGUUUUGCUGCUACAGAACUUAUGGAGACAUAAUCCUUCACAUUGAUAUCAAUUCAAACGAUUAAAUUCCUCUUCUGUUUUCUAUUCAACCAACUGAAUACACCUAGUGUUGUGUUAUAUUGUGUAUGCAUUAUUUUACAAAUAUUAACAUUAAAUCUGGAAGCUACCUGCUUUAUAUAAUUCAAUAAACAAAUCUACUACUAACCAUGUCUACUGAUAAAUUGAAUACACCUGAUGAAUGCGCUAAAAUUGAACAACAAGUAGUCAAAGAAAAUCUAAUUGAAGAUGAUUACAAAGUUAAAUUAGACGAUGAAGUCUACAAAACUCUAACAGAUCCUGUCUGUGAAAAAUCAAAACUAUCCGAUGUUUGGGAGACUAGUCAUACACCACCAUUAGAAUCAACAUUAACAAAAAAUCCAAUGAAAUCUAGUAAUACAAAUUUAGACGACAAAAAAGGUAGUUAUGACGAUCUUGGUAUUGAUGAAGACAAUAAACAUAAAUUAUCUACUGAUACACUCAAAGAGAAUUCGAAUUAUCGAAUUACAGACCAUUAUGAAACGUAUUUGACGAGUAUUGAAAAGGAUAUUUGUACAGAAUUUGAUAAUCCAUUGUAUAUACCGAUUAAAUUACCGUUAAGCAGUAAUUUAUACGUUCCAGUAUAUUAUGUACAGUCGAGUGAAGAAGCCUCACCUAAAUCACGUAAACAUAAUGUGGAUUAUAAUGAUAAUAAUAAUAUUAAUGAUUCAACGGUAAGUCACAAGUUUAUAUUGUCUGAUGAUAAUAGUUAUCUAAGAGGACAUGAUUCCCCUGCUAGACUAGAAGCUGAUCAUCAUAUAAAUACCAAUAAUCAGGGAUAUGAGAACUAUGUAUUACCGCACUACACAUCUGAAAUUAGUCCAGAUCACUGUGAUUUAAAAAUGUGUCAGGUAGAGAUAACACCUGAUCAACUUCCAAUUAAUGUGAAGCAUUCAGGGAAAAAAUUAAGACCAACAUCCGAUAAACCAGCUAAAGAAAAGAUAACUUUCAAGAAGACUAAGUCAAAGACCGAAAAAUCAAAAGAUGAAGAGUCUAUGCCUAUCUCAAAGAACAAAGAACGACAUAAAGAUACUACUGGCUGUUCGCCAAGAUUAAAAAUAAAAAAGAAGGUCAGAAGUAGUAACAAUAAGGAGAGAAUCAAGCGCGAGACGUCAAAAAAAGACAGUUUCAGGGAAGUAAGUGGAAAGUCAGAAGACAAUCAAGACUACACAAUAACUGAAGAACAUCCACGCGUCGAAUGUAAACUAAGGGGAAAGCAAAAAAACAAAAUGAAAAAACAGAACAAUUGGAAACCAUGCGUUCCUAGCAAAAGUGAGAAACUCAACAAAAAGGCCAAGACGAAAGAAACAAAAACGGAAACAAAUCAAGACGAGGCAUCAACGAAAAAAAAGAAGACAUCGAUGAAAACACCACUUACCAACACGAAAACAACGAGCAAAAAGAUCAAUCCAAUCUGA